UAAAAAAAGCUAAACUCCAAGGACCACCAGAUAAAUUCAAUACGUAUGUGACCCUCAAAGUGCAAAAUGUGAAGAGCACGACAGUAGCCGUGCGUGGUGACCAACCCUGCUGGGAACAGGACUUCAUGUUUGAGAUCAGUCGGCUGGACCUGGGCCUAAUUGUUGAAGUAUGGAACAAAGGACUGAUCUGGGACACCCUGGUUGGGACCGUGUGGAUUGCUCUGAAGGCCAUUCACCAAUCUGAUGAGGAAGGUCCUGGGGAGUGGUCUACGCUGGAGGCAGAAGUUGUAAUGAAACAUGAUGAAAUCUGUGGGACCAAAAACCCAACUCCUCAUAAAAUUUUGCUGGACACAAGAUUCGAAUUACCUUUUGAUAUCCCUGAAGAAGAGGCCAGAUACUGGACCAGAAAAUUAGAACAAAUAAAUUCACUGGGAGACGAUGAGUAUUCCUUUCAGGAGGAGGUCCAGAAGAAACCAUUGCCCAGUGCUGCCUCCCAGUGUUCCUUUGAAGAUGCUGACAGUGCUGUGGAUGAUCGAGAUAGUGACUAUCGCAGUGAGACGAGUAACAGCAUUCCUCCUCCGUACCACACGACUGCACAGCCCAAUGCCUCUGUGCACCAGUUCACUGUACCGUCACGCCUGCAGCAGCAAGGGGUCUUGCGGGAAUCCUGUGCUGACUCCCUACAAAAUUAUGAUCUGGAUUAUCGGGAGCAGGUGGCCAUCAGUCCUGCUGGCAGUAGUAGAUAUGGCUCCUCUUGUAAUGUCAGCCAGGGAAGCUCUCACCUAAGUGAGCUGGACCAUUCCCAUGAAAGUGCGCAUGGCUCUGAGCAAGAAGAUGAUCACCAGGAAAGAGAGUCGAAUCAUUCGUACCACAGUUUGGGCAGCUACCAGAAGGAUGGUCAGGCAUGGCUCAGGAAGCAAGAGGAGCCUCGCGGCAAAGGAGAGGAGGAGAAGAAGGUCUGUGAGACAGAGGAGAAACGCGCAGACCAUUCUGCAGCUAAGUUACCUGUGGAACUUGAGAAGCCCAAGGAUGUUGAUGUAGGAGCCCAGGAGAGCUACCAUGGUGACAACGAGCCACCACCGUUUCCUCCAGCAAGAGCCCAUUGGAUAAGAGCCAUUAGCAAAGUUCGACUGCGGCUUCAAGAGGAAAUCAGCAAAUGGUUUGGAGAAGAUGUGGGCUAUUGCAAAAAUCAGAGAAUAGGUUAUGGAAGUGGGAGACGGGACACUGGGGCAGUCCUGGGAGGGGACGUGCUGAGGAUGUGUGAGAUGAGACCAAACAAGUACGGCUUGGCUCAGCAGACUGGAAGCUGA